GUCUGCGUUGAUGUUAAGAUGGGAAGGUUCGUGUUCAUGUUAGGAGUGACCAGUCUGUUCCUGGGAGUAUGUCUUGCAGGUUCAAGCAAUGAGAACAAUGACAGUGCAUACGAUUACAGUUCAGAAGAAUAUUACGACGACGAUUAUUGCCAAAGUACCUCCUGCCCAGCUGACGAAGAAUAUUCUGACUGUCCGAAUACAUACUGUGGUCCUCUGACAUGUGCCGAAGCCGGCUUCCCGAAGCCCAACUGCGGGAACUCGUCAACUUCGUGUCAGCCCGGGUGCAUUUGCAAGAGUGGCAAUCUCAGGAACAAAGAUGGAAAAUGCAUACCAUCGGACCAAUGCCCAUCUUGCGGAGGCGACGAAAAUGCUGUUAACGGUUGUGGCACCAACUGUGGCAAGAAAUGUUCCGAUUUAGUUAAUCCAAAUUCCGUUUGUCUUUUGGGUUGUAUAUUAAACGGAUGCGAUUGUAAGGAAGGCUUUUAUUAUGAUAGCAACAAAAGAAAAUGCGUCAAAAAAGAGGAGUGCAAUAUUACACCACAAUGUAAGGGAUAUGAAGUAUACUCUUCCUGUUCGAAUGGUCUUUGUCGUGUACAAAACUGCGAGGAUAAGGGAAAAACCAGAUUUUGUCCACCUAUGGCACCAGGAUCAUGUAUACCAGGUUGCGUCUGUCCUGAAAAAUAUCUGAGGAAAAACGGAGUUUGUGUACCAGAAGACCAGUGUGAUCCACCCAAAUGCACAGGGGUCGAAGUAUAUUCUGACUGUUCGAAUGGCCUCUGUCGUGUACAAGACUGCAAGGACAAGGGAAAAUCCCGACCUUGUCCACCCAUGGCACCGGGAUCCUGUAUACCGGGUUGCGUUUGUCCUGAAAAAUACUUGAGGCUCUAUGGAGUUUGUGUACCUGAAGAGCAGUGUGGCAAUGCUGAUUGUUCAGCCGACGAAGAAUAUUCUGAAUGUCCGAAUAGAUUUUGUAGUGCUCUGACGUGCGACGAAGUAGGUUAUACAAAGCCCAAUUGUGGGAAAACUGUUCCUUGUAAAGGUGACUGUAUAUGUAAGAAUGGUAAAGUAAAAAAUAAAGACGGGAAAUGUGUAGAGCCAAGUGAAUGCCCAUCUUGUGGAGGUGAUUCAAAUGCGCAAUCUGGCUGUGGUAAUUUUUGUGGAGGGAAGUGUUCUGAUUUAUUGAAUUCAUCUCCUAUUGCUUGCCCUCUUAUGUGUGGAAUGAAUUUAUGUGAUUGUAAGCGAGGAUUUUACUACGACACCAAUAUAAAGCAAUGUGUCAAGCCGGAGAAGUGUACCUCUGUUUGCCCAGCCGACGAAGAAUUAUCUGAAUGUCCGAACGGGUCUUGUUAUCCACUCACGUGUGAUGAAGUAGGCCACCGGAAACCCAAUUGUGGAAAGAAAGAUCAAUGCAAGCGCGGGUGUAUAUGUAAGGACGGCAAAGUAAGAAAUAAAGACGGAAAAUGUGUAGCUCCAAAACAAUGCCCAUCUUGUGGUGGAGAUCCAAAUGCACGAUCAGGCUGUGGGGGUAAUUGCGGGAAGAAAUGUACCGAUUUAGUUAACCCGAGGCACAUUUGUCCUCUUAUGUGUAUUUUAAAUGGAUGUGACUGUAAAGAUGGCUUUUAUUACGACAGCAAUACAAAGAAAUGUGUCAAGGCGGAGCAGUGUACUUCUGUUUGCCCAGCCGACGAAGAAUUAUCUGAAUGUCCGAACGGGUCUUGUUAUCCACUCACGUGUGAUGAAGUAGGCCACCCGAAACCCAAUUGUGGAAAGAAAGAUCAAUGCAAGCGUGGGUGUAUAUGUAAGGACGGCAAAGUAAGAAAUAAAGACGGAAAAUGUGUAGCUCCAAGUCAAUGCCCAUCUUGUGGUGGAGAUCCAAAUGCACGAUCAGGCUGUGGGGGUAAUUGCGGAAAGAAAUGUACUGAUUUAGUUAACCCGAGACGCGUUUGUGCUCUUAUGUGUAUUUUAAAUGGAUGUGACUGCAAAGAUGGAUUUUAUUACGACAGCAAUACAAAGAAAUGUGUCAAGGCGGAGCAGUGUACUUCCAUGUGCACUAAUCCUAACGAAGUGUACGACAAAUGCCCCGACUGCUCGCCCCAAACAUGUGCAACGAAAAACCAGAAAUUUAACUGUCCGAUGAUACCAGCCAGCAAAACUGGAGCCAACUGUAAGCCAGCUUGCCGCUGUAAACAAGGUUAUUUGAGAAAUUCAAAGGGAGUUUGUGUACCAGUAAAAGAAUGUGAACCAACCUGUCCAACCGGAGAGAUUUACGAUAGCUGUCCACCAGUCAAAUGUGAUGCAGAAUAUUGUCCAAAGGACGCUAAUUCGCCACAAACUUGUCCGACGCCGAAGAAAUGUGGGAAAGGAAGAUGCGUUUGCGGCUUUAAUUCAAAACGAGACCGAAAGACCGGCAAAUGUAUACCGAUCAGAGAUUGUCCACCAUUUAAAUGCAACAAAUGCAAUGAAGUUUAUGACAGCUGCCCUCCUGUGUGUCCAGGACAAAAUUGUACUGAUUAUUUGAACAAGACUAAGUGUCCUAAAUACCGCAUAGGCAUCGUUGUUCCUUGUAAGCCAGCAUGUAGAUGUAAGCAAGGCUAUUACAGAGAUUCUAAAGGAAAUUGUGUCAGUGGUGAAAAAUGUAAAGAUAAUGUCUGCUCAGCCGACGAAGAGUAUUUAGACUGUCCGAAUGCAUCUUGUAGCCCUCUGACAUGUAAUGAAGUUGGUUAUCCAAAGCCAAAUUGUGGAAAUAGCUCUUCGGUUAUUUGUAAGCCUGGGUGCGUUUGUAAAAAUGGUAAAGUAAGAAAUAAAGAUGGAAAAUGUGUACCCGCCAAAGAGUGCCCAUCUUGUGGCGGUGAUAAAAAUGCAAUAAGUGGAUGUGGCGUCAAUUGCGGAAAGAAGUGUUCCGAUUUAAUAAGACGAAACCCUAUUUGUCCUCGUAUUUGUAGAUUGAACGCAUGUGAUUGUAAAGAUGGUUUUUAUUACGACGCUGAUAAGAAAAAAUGUGUCAAGCCAAAUGAGUGCCCCUCGAUAUGCACCAAACCCAAUGAAGUAUACGACAAAUGUCCUGGCUGCUCUCCCCAGACUUGUGCAACCAGGAAUAAGAUAUACCAUUGCCCAAUGAUACCAGCGAAUAAGACAGGGCCCAACUGUAAACCAGCUUGCCGCUGUAAGCCAGGUUACUUCAGAAAUUCUCAAGAAGUUUGUGUUCCGAGUAAUGAAUGUGAAACUCCAACAUGCCCAAAUGGUGAGAUUUAUUCAAGUUGUCCACCGAUUCAGUGUGAUGCGGAAUAUUGUCCAAAGAACAGAGACUCACCACAGACAUGUCCGACUCCAACGAAAUGUGGAAAAGGAAGAUGCGUUUGCGGCUUUAAUUCCAAACGAGACCGUAAGACUGGCAAAUGUAUACCGAUCAGAGAUUGUCCUCCUUUUGCAUGCAAGAAAUGCAAUGAAAUUUAUAACAGCUGUCCACCGAUAUGCCCUGGCGAAAAAUGUAGUGAUUUUUUGAGAAACGCGACGUGUUCCAAAUACCACAUAGGUAUAGUCCUGCCUUGCAAACCAGCAUGUAGAUGCAAAAAAGGAUAUUACCGAGAUUACAAAGGCAACUGUGUUUGUGGUCAAAAAUGUAAAGAAGAGGCAGCAAUAGGAAGCAAUAACACAACACAAACGACAACAAAUACAACGACACAGAACUCUUGUGGUGAUGUAGCAAGUCUCAAACUGGCUCUCAUACAAGGAAGCAACACUUUCAGUGCGAAAUUUUUAAAACAACUUAUGAAUAUUACACCUGGAGUCAGUGUUGUCACAUCUGCUGCAUCAGUUUUAACUCCUUUGGCAAAAUUGGCAUUGUACGCUGAAGCCUCAACGUAUACAGAAAUCAGUAAUGUUCUAAAUCUUAAGACCAAAGAACAGAUACGCUGUGUCUACAAAGACUUUAUGAAUUCUUUCCAAACAAGUGAAGGAACCACAUUGGAUCUUGCUGACAAAAUUUAUAUAGCCAACCGAUAUAAACCAAGCAACUCAUUCGAACAAGAUCUUAAUAAUGUAUUCAACGCUAAAUCGGAGACUGUUGAUUUUAACAAUGGUAACCAAGCAGCUGAUAUUAUCAACCAAUGGGUUUCAGAUAAAACUAAAGGCAAAAUCACAGAUCUAGUAUCACCUACUAUGUUCAACUCCCUAACUCGUUUAGCAUUAGUUAAUGCUGUUUAUUUCAAGGGCACAUGGAAAACAAAGUUUGAUGCUAAACUGACACAACCAUCAGAUUUUUACGUAAAUCCAAACAAAACCGUGAAAGUUGAUAUGAUGAAAUUAAAAACCAAAAUGAAUUAUGCCUACAACAAUGACAUUGACGCGCAGAUUAUUGAGCUACCGUAUCUGGAUGGGAACGUCACGCUUUGGGUAGCCGUGCCUAAUCAACGAUUUGGUUUAUCAAGCUUAGUUGAAAAAAUUCAAGAUCCUAAAGUCCUCGAUACAGCAUUGAACAGUUUAAGCUCGCAAACAGUAACUUUACACAUGCCUAAAAUAGAGGUUAAAUCGACUAUCAAUUUGAAGAACGUGUUAAAACCAAUAGGAGUUGAUAGCGUUUUCAAUACUAAUUGUAAUAUUAGCGGAAUGAUCACGCCUGAUGAACCCUUAUAUGUGUCUGAAGCCGUUCAGAAAGCGUUUGUUGCAAUCAAUGAAGAGGGUUCAGAAGCAGCCGCCGCUAAUGGUUUUAUGGUUCAUAUGCCUGCAAUGCCUGCACCGCCACCUCCACCAGAACCUAUUGUAAUAGCGGAUCAUCCUUACAUUUACUGCAUAAGAAUAAGAGGCAUAAUACUUUUCUUUGGAAUUUUCACUGGAUGAGGUAGUUGUACUUAGUUUUUAGUAACUUUAUUUAUUAUUAACAAAGGGAUACUAAUAAAUUUAACAUCAAACCUUUUUUAUUAACCAACUAUCAAUUUUGUUUGCAGUUGUUGUAGUACCAGCUCCCACAGCUACCAUAGCACCCCGAGACCAUAUUGUCAGAGCCGAUCAUCCUUAUAUCUAUUGUAUUAAAGUUCGAAAUAUUUUAUUAUUCUGUGGAACAUAUAACGGAUAAGGUGAAGAUAAAUUAAUUAACAAAAAACUUGCUAUACUAACUACGCAAACAAAACUGAUGUUAUGUUCUAUUAAGUAAAUAUGCAUUGUCUUGAUUGAAUAGGUACUUACA